UGUUCAUCGAACUCUCUCUCGCUCUCUCCCUCUCUCCCUCUCUCCCGUUUCUUCUUCUAGGGAAGAUCCCAAAACCCUAGACGGUAUAAUUCUCCGCGGGUGAUCGUUUUCCUUUGGUUUUUGGUUGGAAUUUUUCUCCUUCGUUGUCGGAUCCGAUGAACACAUCGCGGUUCAUGGACAAGCAGAUCCUGGGGUUGUCGGGAUCGCAGCAGGGCGGCAGCGGCGAGCUCCUCGAUCUGAUGAAUCCCGAGGAGGAGCACCAGAUCAACGGAAAGAAGGAAGAAACCCUUCCCAGCUACGACUUCCACCCCAUGCGGACUCUCGGAUCCUCGCCGCCCACCGCCUCCACCGCCCCCUCCCCAGCCUCGUGGGGCGCCGUGGACUCCAAGAUGGCCUCCUCCAAUCUCAAAAAUGCAGGUAUUUUGGAGCCACAUGAAUUGACAAAAGUUAGCCAUGAGAAGGAGAAGAGUGCAUACGAUGCAGCUACAGUGGCUGAGAUUGAUCGUACAGUGAAGAAAUAUGCUGAUAAUCUUCUGCGUACUUUGGAAGGUGUAAGUUCAAGGCUGAUGCAGCUGGAGAGUAGGACUCACCACCUUGAAAGUUCCGUUGAUGAGUUGAAGGUGACGAUUGGGAACAGCAGUGGCACCACAGAUGGAAAACUGAGGCAAUUGGAGAAUAUUCUUACAGAGGUACAAACAGGUGUCCAAGUUCUACGCGACAAACAAGAAAUUGUGGAGGCUCAGCUGCAACUUGCAAAUCUGCAAGCCUCUAAAGGAGACAGCCAACCACAGCAAUCUGUCGAACAAUCACAUCAACAUGCAGUUCCUCCUUCACAACCGACCAUGCUUCCUGCUUUGCCUGCUCCAAAUGCUCCUCCACCACCACCGCCACAACAAAAUCCACCUGCUCAAUUACCUCAGCCCCAAAUGCCUUCUAUCCCAUCUUUGCUGCGUGAGCCCUACUUUCCCUCGCAAGCAAAGCAGUCUGAGGCCACACAUCAACAAUACCAAGUCCCAGUUCAGCAGCCACAUCCACCACCACUAUCCCCACACUACCAACCUUCAACUCAGCUUCCACAAUAUUCUCAGCCACCGCAGCCCCCACAACCUGUGAACCCCUCCCCUCAACUUCAAUCACCAUUGCCUCAACACCCAGAAGAAUCCGUGCCAUACAUGCCAACACCUCAGACCUAUCCCUCCAGCAUUGGCCAAGCCGUCUCUUUUACUCAGCCUCCAAGUGGACCUCCUCGUAACCAGUACUAUGGGCCCAACCCAAAUUUGUAUGAACCACCUACAAGCAGACAGGGCUCAGGGCAGCCACCCUUUUCUACUGGAUAUGGCCCACCAGUGGGGCCUACUUUCUCUGAUUCAUAUCCUUACAGUGGAUCCCCUUCCCAUCAUAGCAGUUCUGGAAUGAAAUCCUCGCCCUUUGCUUCAUCUGCAGCCUCUUCUGGUGGAAGCAGCAACUACACACGACUCCCAACAGCCCAGAUAUUACCACAGGCACUGCCAACUGGGUCUAGUUCUGGUGGUUCUUCAGGGAAUAGAGUGCCAAUUGAUGAUGUGGUGGAGAAAGUUGCGACUAUGGGGUUCUCAAGAGAUCAAGUUAGGGCGACUGUGAGGAAGUUGACAGAGAACGGAAAGUCGGUUGAUCUAAAUGUGGUGCUGGAUACGCUGAUGAACGAUGGGGAGAUCCAGCCACAGAAGGGUUGUGGAGAUCCGACCAUGUUCGAGUCAUUUUGGAUGUGGAUGGGCGACCGAGGCAGCAUCGUGAUUCCGGCAUGGCAAACCAUGAGCUACUUCUCAGAUGUGACCAACGUAUGCUGGUUUCUGGAGCCUGAGUUUGCCCACGAGGUCCGGCGCCUCCACAGCCUCAUAGGCAACGCUGUGACCGAGGAUCGCUUCAUCGUCGUCGGUACUGGCUCGACCCAGCUCUUCCAGGCUGCACUCUAUGCUUUAUCUCCCUCCAACACCUCCGAGCCCAUCAACGUUGUUUCUGCCGUCCCCUACUACUCGUCCUACCCAGCAGUGACAGACUACCUUCGGUCCGGUCUUUUCCGGUGGGCUGGGGAUGCAUACACGUACAAGGGUGGCAAAUACAUUGAGCUGGUCUGUUCCCCCAACAACCCUGAUGGCUCAAUCAGGGAGGCCGUGCUGAACUCUGAGGCCGGAAAGACAGUCCAUGACUUGGCCUACUACUGGCCUCAAUACACUCCCAUCAGCAGUGCAGCAGACCAUGAUAUUACGCUGUUCACCGUCUCAAAAAGCACCGGCCAUGCCGGAACCCGACUUGGGUGGGCUAUAGUGAAGGAUAAAGAUGUUGCUAAGAAGAUGGUAAAGUUCAUAGAGCUGAAUACUAUCGGAGUGUCCAAGGACUCGCAGCUCCGAGCGGCAAAGAUUCUUAAAGUGGUCUCAGAUGGUUAUGAGCUCCCUAACACCGAGAACACUUACAAGCUCUUUGACUAUGGCCGAUCUCUCAUGACCAUGCGGUGGGAGAAGUUGCGGGAAGCUGUUAAGGCCUCAGGCAUCUUCAGCCUACCUGAGUUUCCCUCUAGCACCUGCAACUUUACUGGAGAGAGGACCGGAACCAACCCUGCUUUUGCAUGGCUGAAGUGCGAAAAGGAGGGGAUAAGUGACUGCGAGGGCUUUCUAAGGAGCUAUGGAAUACUUACUAGGAGCGGUAGGCACUUCGGAGCGGAGCCGAAAUAUGUGCGGGUUAGCAUGCUGGAUCGGGACGAGACCUUCAAACUUUUCAUCGAACGGCUGUCGUCCCUUAACUGAGGCAUCUCCUUUUUGUUUACCUAUUUUGAUGAGGAUCGAUUUUUCGUUUUGCUCCUUUCUUUUCCCUCUUAGGCUGGGCUUUAGCCUUGUUAACGACAGGUAAGUUGUCAUUUACAAUGUAAAAGUGUUUCUGUUUGGCUAUGGUUCCUUGUAAAAUAAUAUAUAUAUAUAAUAUUUUUAUAUAAUAUUAUAUAUA